GCACGGUCGCUCACAGUCUCUGCGCUUCAUCCGCCGUGCAGCCAGUGCGCUCCCCCAACUUCAACCUCCGCCGGUGCGCUUUCUGCGAGACGACUCCCCCCCUCCUCCUCCUUCUCCUCCUCCUCCUUCUCCUCCUCCUCCUCCUCCUUCAUUAGGACUUUUGACUUAAAAAAAACAAAACACAGUUUUUCCUCCCACAGAGCAGUUGCCUAUUUUUUUUGGGAUCUCUCGUCGUGGAGCAGUAACAAGAGGUUCCUCAACUUUUGAUGGAAAACAAGAGGUCGGGCGACUGCUGACUUUAAAGGUGAUAGUGAGCAGAGGUGCUGAGAAUGAUGGACCAUCUCAGCGAGGCGUGUAUGGGCAAGGAGAACUCUGACCUGGUCAACAGCAUGGCGGAGGCCAAGGCCCCGCCGGCCAAGCUGCCCCGGCUGGAGCAGAACGGCAGCCCCCUGGGCCGGGCCAGGCUGGGCAGCACCGGGGCCAAACUAGCCGGGGUCCCGUACAAACCCACCGGCCACCUGCUGAAGACCUGUCACAAGAGAGGCAACAUGCUGCCUGUGUUCUGUGUGGUCGAGCACUACGAGAAUCCCAUGGAUUUCGACAGCAAGGAGGAGCACGCCGAGUUCGUCCUGGUGCGUAAGGACAUGCUCUUCAACCAGCUCAUCGAGAUGGCCCUGCUGUCGCUGGGCUACUCCCACAGCUCAGCGGCCCAGGCCAAAGGUAUGAUUCAGGUGGGGAAGUGGAACCCUGUCCCUCUGUCAUACGUGACAGACGCACCGGACGCUACAGUGGCUGACAUGCUGCAGGACGUCUACCACGUGGUCACGCUUAAGAUCCAGCUGCACAGUUGUCCUAAGCUGGAGGACCUGCCGCCCGAGCAAUGGAGCCACUCUACAGUAAGAAACGCCCUCAAGGAGUUACUCAAAGACAUGAAUCAGAGCUCUCUGGCUAAAGAAUGUCCCUUAUCACAGAGUAUGAUUUCCUCCAUUGUGAACAGCACUUACUAUGCAAAUGUGUCGGCGGCGAAGUGUCAGGAAUUUGGGCGCUGGUAUAAACAUUUCAAGAAGACAAAAGAUAUGAUGGGUAUGCGCCAACCCUCCCAGCUGGAGGGAUACCUGGGGACGUGUGUCCUCCGUGAGAGCCCACGUGCCAAUGCACUAGCAGAGAUAGAUGGCCUGUCCGACCUCUCUCCACCCGGCUCUAAUCACAGCCACAGUCACAACCACAACCACAACCACCUAGGCUUCUCCCAGCAGCAGCAGCCUAUUCCCGGCAGCACAGCCGAGCAGACUCCUUCCUCGCCGGUGCCCCCGCUCCCCCACGCUCCACCGCUGCCCCACGCUCCACCAACGCACGGUGGCCAGAACGGUGGGCGGCAGCCGCAGCUUCCCAGUCUGCACCACCCGGGCUUGGUGUCCACACCCAUCAGCCCUCAGCUGGUCAACCAGCAGCUUGUGAUGGCACAGAUCCUCAACCAGCAGUACGCAGUAAACCGGCUGCUGGCGCAGCAGUCCCUGUCCCAGCAGUACCUCAACCACCCACCUGUCAACCGCAACUCCCACUCCAAGCCCAUGGAGCCACAGGUGGCAUCAAACACAGAGGUGUCCGUCGAGAUUUACCAGUGGGUGAGGGACGAGCUGAAGAGGGCGGGCAUCUCGCAGGCGGUCUUCGCCCGCGUGGCCUUCAACAGAACCCAGGGCCUACUGUCCGAGAUUUUACGCAAGGAGGAAGACCCUAAAACAGCGUCCCAGUCGCUGCUGGUCAACCUCCGCGCCAUGCAGAACUUCCUGCAGCUGCCGGAGGCUGAGCGCGAUCGCAUCUAUCAGGAUGAGAGGGAACGCAGCCUCACGGCAGCCUCAGCAAUGGGCGCCCCUCCACUCAUCAGCACUCCACCCAGCCGACCUGUACAGCCGCGGAGGGAAGACUGUAACAGCGUGAGGCCCGACGACUGGAAUCCUCGAACCCCUGUGGGCAUUUCCCCUGUAAAACCGUCGCCUCUGCCCAGCGAGUGGAACGGCAAAACAGAGAGCUGCAUCCUCAACAUCAACUCCACCAUCUACGACGAGAUCCAGCAGGAGAUGAAGAGGGCCAAAGUUUCCCAAGCCCUGUUCGCAAAGGUGGCCGCCUCUAAGAGCCAGGGUUGGCUCUGUGAGCUGCUGCGUUGGAAGGAGGAUCCCUCUCCGGAGAACAGGACGCUCUGGGAGAACCUCUCCAUGAUCCGCCGCUUCCUGAGCCUCUGCCAGGUCGAACGCGACGCCAUCUACGAGCAGGAGAGCAGCGCCGGGCAGCAGCAGCAUCACAACGAGCGGCCCAUGCACUUAAUGCACAUCUCCACAGAGCAGCCACAGCCUCAGCCACCCCAUUCACAUCAGCAACACCCGCCCUCCCUGUCCCUCCAGCACCCUUCCCAACCCCUUUUAUCCCAGCAGCCCUUGCAGCAACUGCAGCCCUGCACCGGCCCCCGGUUGCCGCCUCGCCAGCCUUCCACCGCUUCCCCGGCCGAGACGGAGGACGAGAGCAGCCGCGGAGGGAGCAUCAAGUCCCGCACCUGCGGAGGGAAGAUCUCCCUGGAGGCGCUGGGCAUCCUGCAGAGCUUCAUCCAGGACGUAGGCCUGUACCCCGACGAGGAGGCCAUCCACACCCUAUCGGCCCAGCUGGACCUGCCCAAGCUCACCAUCAUCAAGUUCUUCCAGAGCCAACGCUUUUACAUCAAUCACCCAGCCAAGGCGCCCAAGGAGCCCAGUAACAACAACAAAAACAGCAGCAACGCGGCAACCACCAACACCAACACAAGCAGCAGCGGCGGCAGCAGCAGCAGCAGCCCAGCCUUUGAGGAGGAGCUGACGGACUUCAGGGAGAGUGCAGAGCUGCUGAAAGAGCUGGACGACAGCACGCAGACCAACAGCACCAUCUUCUCCAUCAAGAUGGAAGAGCACCUGGCCCGAGGCGCAGAGGCCCAGUCCGAGUCUGAGCACGAGGCCAAGGAGUAGGACUCCCCCCCCCCCCGCCGCUUGACUGAACAUGUACUCAGAGUUUUCCUGUGCACACACAGACUGAUGACUGUGCUAAAUGUAACGCUCUGGCCGACACAGAACCACCACACUGCAAUAAAGAAAAGUAGUGUUUUUAAUCGGACAGUGUCUGGACUCUAUGGGAGUGUUUAUAUAUAUAUAUAUAUAUAUAUAUAUAUAUUAUUAUAUAUAUAUAUAUAUAUUAUUUAAAGUUGCAGACUGACAGGCUAUGUGAAGUGAGUGUUCACACACUGAAGAGCCCAUUUCAGACCCAAGUACUACUUUUUGGAUUUUGUAAAACUUGUAUUAUUCACUGUAAAGACUGACGCAUCAUUUAAAUAAUCUGCACAAAAAAUUAUUCUAAGUAUGUUGCCGUGGAUAUUUGCUGACUGCACUCUAUGUCUGUUGUUUUACACAUGACUUACUUUAUCUUUUUGAGCUACUGAUUAUAUUUAAAAAGAAAAAAGUCCCCCUGGAGUUUGCCAGGACUUUGAUAGGUUGUACGUUAUGUGAUGUUUAACUGGAUACAAAAAAAAAAAAAGAACAAAUAGAAAAUGAAAUCUAGGACCAAGGGGUUGACAAGGCCUUAAUUAUGAGGUAGUCUGGAGCCUGCUGGCAGAUUAGUUAUUCUUUUAAUAAUGUGAUUAUAGAUCACUCCAAACUCUGGAACGCGAUCACCCAGCCCAGGGGAAUCUCCCAAGAACAGCUCAGUCUUUACAUAUUAUUUGUUAGGGAGGAAAUAUAAAUAUAUAUAUAUAGACAUUAUAUUGUAACUGUAAAAAAAUAAAAAAAAAUAACAGUCUUAAAGAAACUAUGCCAACAAAUGCCUUGUACUAUACGGCACUGCCGAUUUUAGAUUAUUUUGCAAAACCUUUGUCACUGUAACUCUCUGAAUUGCCACACAGUUAGAAAUGUGAAUUAAACCAUGUUUAUGUUGUCCGACAUUAUUUAUUUGCAGUUCAUGCAGUGUUUCUAAUGUAAUUACUUUUUCUUUCUUUUUUUUAAAUUUAUGUUACAUCAAGCUUUUUUUUCAUUAAUUCCACCGAUCUUUUUUCUAUUUAUAAAUGUGAUUUCGAUGGGCAGUAAAAACAAAAAGUGUCUUAAACGUUUUAAAUGGAGAAAUGUGCUUUAAAGGUUGCCUAUAAAAAGUGCUGUAUGUCAAGCAACUCAUGCUACAAGCUUCACAAUUAAUGUUGUAUGCAAUUUUUACUAUCAUGCAAAUAAGCUUAGGUAAAAUGACUAACCUAUAGAACAACUUAGAGAGAAAAACAUAUGCAAUCUGUGUGAAAAUCGAUGUCUGCGAUGUGUCUUCCUUUGGUUAACAAUCCAAUUCAAAAAGCUAUUCCUGUAUAAAUAUUCUGUAUAAAAGUGUUUCUUUUUUAUGAGUUUAUUUCAAUGAGAACACCAGUUAUUUUGUUACGACUGACUGUUUUAUAAGUGUUUCUCGGUUCCUUCCUGCAGAAAUGUUCUAACUAGAAGUGUUUAAUGAUUGUUAAUUACACAAUUAAACUGUUUGUAUUGUACCACAGAUUUCUUGGCAUUAACUUGACCGGACUCUUUUGACACCGGAGUGGGCUUUUCUCCUCUGAAAAACAAAAGACCAAACAAUGUGAAUUGUUUUUUUUUUGUUUUUUUUUGUUUUUUUAAAUCUACUGCUUUGACGUAUCAACUCCAGUUACUGCCUGGGGUCGGCCGCAGUCACUGAACACGUUAUUUGUAAUGACUGUAAAUAUCACAUCUUAUGAAUCAUUGAUUGUUUAUUAUUGUAAAUAUACUUGAAGUUUGUGCCAGAGCUCACCAUACAAAAUUGAAAUCAA